AUGUCAAAAUAUUAAUCAGAAUUUAGCGAUAUCAAGUCAAAAUCUCUCGUGUUGCCUUCAAUCAAAUAACCACAUACCAUCAUCACUGCUGCUGAACUCGAAUAAAUAAAGUCUCACAUCACCUACACGGAAUAGAAGCCAUAGAAAGUAUAACUUAUAUUAAAUGUGGGCUCAGAGUUUUGACAGUCAAAAGGUUUGGGCACAACGCAUCGAGAAAUAGAGACAGUAGAAAGAGAAGGAGAAGUUCCAGAAAUUCAUCCUUGAGGAGGAGGAGAGACGCAAGAUAGAUAGAGAAGAAGCAGAUUAUCAAGAAAAACUAAAAAUUGAUUAAAUAGGAGAUGCCAAUAACAAAAUAUUUGGAUAGAGAGCUGAGUAUUAUAGUAUCAAUUAUCUUUAAGUGUGAGAAACAUGAAAUCGAAAAUGUUAUGGUCAGAGAUAGACAAAGCCAAUUAGAAACUGAUUAAGUUGAACAAGGACAAAUAGGAAAUGCAAUUGAUGUUUGAAGCAUAAAAAACUAGAGAAAUUGAAACCCAAAAAUUUUUAUCCGAAUAAGCAGAAUUAGAAAAAAGCUAGUUCAAAGAGUAAUUGAAAAAAUAAACUUAUGAUUCCUUAGCCAAACAACAUCAUGAGGUUAAAGAGAGGUAUCUCAAGGAAUAUGUUUAACUUAAAAAAGAAGGGGAAAUAAUCAAGAAAUAGGCUGAAGAAGAGGAGAUCAAGAAAGAGUAUAAUUUAUUGGUAAUACAAUUUUAGAAAAUAAAAAGAAGAAGAUAAAUUAAAAAAGUAAAAAUUAUUAGCUGAACAUUAACAAUUCCUUCAAAUUAAAUAAAAAAAGUAGUAUGAUGAAUAGAAAUUCGAUGAGAAUGAAUCAAAGGAAAGAGAUAAAUAUCAUUAAUAAAAGGAUAGAGUUCUAGAAAUGAGAAGAGAAAGAGUAAUUUCUAAUUAUUUAAAUAGGAAAUAGAAAAGAAGCAAAGAUAAUUAAAUAUCAGGCAGCAGAUCUAUGACAUUAGAGUCUAAGAAUUGAAAAAAUAAGAUGAUGAUUACAUGUAAAGAGUGCAAAAACAUGCUGAGGAGUUGUAAAAGCAUGAGGAAGAAGUGGCCAAAUAAAAGGAAUUAGAAAAAUCAUAGAUGAUCUAAGAUGGGGAACAAUUUCGAUAAUAGCAACUAAAAUUGAAAGAGAAACAAAAAGAGAAGGAACAAUUAGAACUACAAUAGGAACAUCAAUUGAAAAUAAGUGCUUUACAAUAAUUGUCUACUGUGGAGGAUCAAUAAAAGGAAAUCUUGAAACGAAGAAACAAAGAGAUUCAAGAAUACCAAAAGAUGCAAAUUGUAAUUAUGAUCAGUAAACUAUUAAGGAACUUAAAAAAUAAAUGAGAAGAAACCAAUUUCUAAAUGAAUUGAAAGAGUCUAAAUAAAUGGAACUUCGCUCCUAAAUAGAAAAGGACGCUUUUAACAAUUGGGCACAAUCUUAGAUUUCAGAACUCAAGGAAUCGGGAUUAAAUAUGUACCCAUUAACAAAAUCAUUUAAAGUAUGA